CAAACUAGACCAUAACCUUAAUUUAAACUGACUUGUAAACAUUAAAUAAAAGGUGAUUAAGUAAUGUUUUAAGCGUUUAAAAGUUAAAACUAGAUAAAAAUGACUAUUUAUAAUUUGUAUAUAUUCGAUCGUAAUGGGACGUUGUUGUUUUACCAUGAAUGGAAUCGAUUAAAGCAAUCAGGAAUGACGAGACCAGAGGAAGGAAAACUAAUGUAUGGAAUGCUUUUUUCAAUUAAAUCGUUUGUCAGUAAAAUUUCCCCAUUAGAUAUUAAAGAAGGUUUUCUCUGUUACAAAACAUCAAAAUAUGCACUAAACUUUUUGGAAACUCCUUCUGGUAUUAAAUUCGUAUUAAAUACGGAUACAAAUACCCAUGGAGUUAGAGAAUUGAUACAGGAAAUAUAUAAUAAAGUUUAUGUGGAGUAUGUUGUUAAAAACGCUUUAUGCAAGUUGUCUGAACCAAUACUAUCAGAAUUGUUUAAAACUAAAUUGGAUGCUUUUGUGAAGCAGUCUUCUAUUUUCCUUGCAAAAACCAUAUGAAAGUAAUAUCCACCAAUUUUAAGCCAAACUUUUGUAAAUGUAUUAUUUGUUUAUUAUUUAUUUACAUUGUGCAAAUACCUGUUGAAUUUUUUUAUAAUAAA